ACGUCCUGUGAAGGUUCCGGGUGGUUCUUCCUCACGUUGACGUUCGCGGUCGUAAUUCUCCAGUUUACAGAUUUGAAGCCUCGCUUUACACAAGAAUACAUCAUCAGGGAAACACUGCGUGCAGUAAACAGCGAAUAUUAUUCCGCCUCCGUUUGGGUUGCACAGACUGAGGGAUGUCCGACUGCAGAGAUGCCGUGUGAGUCGGACAUGAUAGAGGAAGUCCUAACUAAGCUCCAUCCAGUCUUACGAGAUGUCUGAGAGCUAGAGCCAGCUGAGCGGAGGACUCCCCUCUCUGCCCGUGCUCUCCACCUGCAGCCAUGAAUGGCGGAGCCAGCGUGUGGGCCGUCACCCCGGAGGAGAGGGAGAAAUACGACAAACAGUUCGACGCGCUCGCCCCCGUCCUCGGCUACGUCUCCGGAGAACAAGCCAGGAAAUUCUUCCUCAGGUCCGGCCUGCCCGCUUCUGUCCUGGCUGAGAUCUGGAACAUAGCUGACAUGGACAGCGACGGGAAGAUGGACAGACAGGAGUUUUCCAUCGCCAUGAAGCUCGUUAAACUCAAACUUCAGGGGCGGAACUUACCGUCCGUCUUGCCAAUCCCCAUGAAGCAACUUCCCGUCGCCAUUUCUGCUCCAAACGUCCCUUUAUCAGCACGAUUUGGGAUGGGUUCUAUGCCAAACCUGUCAAUUGGUCUGUCAUCCAUGCCGUGUAUGUCAGCCAUGCCCAUCCUAACACCUUUCCCGGCUAACCCCUCCAUGCACGCCGUGCAAACCUUUGUGCCAACGCCAAUGACCCUGCCCCUCAUCAACUGCCUGGGAAACUCUGGCCUCCCAAACGGCAACGUUAACCUCCGUACCCCGCCUCUCCUUCCCAACAGCUCAGCGCUCCCUCUCUCUGGAUUUUCUUCUCCCAUGGCGUUCUCUCCAUCCACCGGCAUGUCGAACGCCAACUCUCUCCUGGACCUUGGAUCCAGCAGUUCAAACUCUUCCUCCACCACGUCUCUGGCUGGUAACUCUCCGAAAACGGGUGCGAGCGAUUGGGCCGUUCCGCAGGGCUCGAGACUCAAGUACCGUCAGCAGUUCAACACGCUGGACAAGCUCAUGAGUGGCUACUUGUCUGGACCUCAGGUUAGGAAUGCGCUGAUCGCAUCCAACCUGACCCAGACUCAGCUCGCCACCAUAUGGAACUUGGCAGACGUGGACAAGGACGGUCAACUGCGGGCCGAUGAGUUCAUUCUGGCCAUGCACCUUGUGGACAUGGCUAAAACUGGCCGACCUCUACCCCUGACACUGCCCCAGGACCUGGUGCCUCCUUCCCUCAGAGGAGGAAUUAAGCCCGGUGAGCUUGUCAAUGGAACGGGGCCCUACAUCCCUCCCUGUUUAAUAGACGCGCCAGAGAUAGAACCUGUCCUAAAGACCAAGAGCAGCGUGUCUUUCGAGGACAAGCUGAAGGAGAACUUUGCGCGAGGCAGCGCCGAGCUGGAGAAACGUCGACUGGCUCUGGAGGAGGAGCGGAGAAAGGAGAGGGAGAGGAGAGACAGGGAGGAGAGGGAGGCCCAUGAAAGGAGGGAGCGGGAGGCGAGGGAGCAGGAAAACCGGAGGAGGCUGGAGGUGGAGAGGCAGAGGGAAAUGGAGAGACAGAGGGAGGAGGCGAGGUUGAGAGAGCUGGAGAGGAGGGAGGCGGCGAAGCUGGAGAUGGAGCGCCAGCAGAGGGAGGAGUGGGAGCGUGGGAUGAGACAGGAGCUGGGCGGAAGGAGAGAGGGGGAGCAGGAGGAGAUCUCCCGACUCCGGGCCAAAAAGAAGAGUCUAGAGCUGGAGCUGGAGGACGUGGGCAACAAGCACAAGCAGAUCUCAGGCCGUCUCCGGGACGCUCAGAGCAAGAGGCGGAUCCUGAAGGCCGAGGUGGACCACGUCAAUCAGAAGAGGGACUCGCGCAACAUCGAGAUCAACACGCUGCAGCUUCAGUUGGAGGACUGGCAGAAGAAGCUCUCCCUGCUGGUCCCGGAACAACAUCGGCUGACAGAAAAGCUGCGAAACCUCAACCUCAACAAAAUCUCCCCGGUGACCCUGACCUCUCUGAGCGGGAGUGCGACGGAGAAAGGUGGGAAUUGCCGCAGGCUGAAGGGUCAGCUCGACACUCUGGAGAGGGAGACCACCGACAAACUGGCCCAGAUGGAGCAGUACAACAAGGAGCUGAAGCUCGGGGAUAUGGAUGACUGUGUCCUGCGAGGCCUUCUGUCUCUGCUGGCCUGCCUCAGCCAGCUCUUCCUUCUCAUCAAGGAGCUGAGGGAGAAGCAGGUGAGGCAGCAGGCUGUCCUGGACGACCUGCACAGAGUCAAAGAGGAGAAACAGAGAGAGCUGCAGAGGCGCAGGGAGGAGGAGCUGCAGAGGAAGAGGAGGGAGGAGGAGUUGGAGAGGAAGAGGAGGGAGGAAGAAGAGGCAGCCCGACAGGCGAAGCUAGAGCAAGAGAGAAGACAGCAGGAGAAGGAGGAAGAGGAGGCGCGGCAGAAGAGGCUCCUGGAGGAGCAGAGGGCCAUACAGAGGGAGGAGGAGGAGAGGCAGGCACAGGCUUGCCUCCAAGCAGCACAGGAGAAAGCCCAGGAAGAGGAGAGAAGACGGAGAGAGGAGGAGGGGAAGGAGAAAAGGAAGAGGGAGGAGGAGGAGCAGGAAAGGAAACGGAAAGAGGAGGAAGACGAGGAGGAGAGGAGGAGGAAAGAAGAGCAGGAAAGGGGAGGACAGCCGGCGUUGGAGGCUCAGCGACCCAGCGAGCUGACGGCGUACCGCGCUCUCUACUCGUUUGUUGCCCGGAACGCAGACGAGUUGAGUGUCGACGCAGGAGGCCUCAUAGAGGUGGAUGAGCAGGCCGUCGGUGAGCCCGGCUGGUUUUGCGGGAGUUACCGUGGAAACCGGGGCUGGUUCCCCCAGAGUUACGCGGAGAAAUGUCCGACCCGCUCUACCGCCGAGACAGCUGCCCCUCCUUCACCCGGGAGGCUGUCCCGUCCGCCGCCGCCACCGCUGAACUCGAGAAUCCCAGACAAGAAGGUAGCGUGUGACAUCCCUUCACCUGCGAAACCCGAUGCUUCACAGACAUCUGUCCCUCUGUUGGCUCGAGCCGUCUCCUCGUGGUCGGCCACCUCCGAAAAAACCCUCAACCUCGGCUCCGGCACGGGUGACGUCAUCACUGCAAUGCUGAGCUUCUCCCUGGGCGACGUCAUCGGCGUGCUGCAGCAGAGGGGCGACUGGUGGUUGGGGCAGCUCAACGGGACUCAGGGAUGGUUCCCCAAAAGCUACGUCGCUUUGGAGACGGGAGGCAAUACUGAUGUGGAUGGAUUUGACACAUCUGACACGGUUCAGCUGGAAGAGUACGUGGCCCUGUACACAUAUGAGAGCCCGGAGGUGGGGGACCUGACGUUUGUUGAGGGAGAUGUUGUCAUGGUGACAGAGAGAGAAGGAGAAUGGUGGCGAGGGUGCAUCGGGGAUCAGACUGGAGUUUUCCCCUCUAACUAUGUCCGACCUGUUGAACCAGAGGUACAAAUCGUGUCAAAACCUGGAGCGCCGAUCAAAAAGCCUGAGAUCGCCCAGGCAGUCACAACGGCGGCCGUCGCCCCGACGACUCAUCAGCUGCAUCUGUCUCCAGGGCAACUGAUAGUCGUCCUGGCAAAGAACUCCGCUGGCUGGUGGCUCGGGGAACUGCAGGCUCGAGGCAAGAAGCGGCAGAGAGGCUGGUUUCAUUCCUCUCACGUCAAGCUCCUCGGCCCCUCCAGCAGCAAGUCCUCCCCCUCCCCUCUGCCAGUGUGCCAAGUCAUUGCAAUGUACGACUACACGGCUGCCAAUCGAGACGAGCUGAGCUUCUCCAAGGGUCAGCUGAUCAGCAUCCUGGACAAGACCAACCCCGACUGGUGGAAAGGAGACGCCAAUGGGGCGACGGGCCUGCUGCCCACCAAUUAUGUCACGAUGACGACUGAAUCAGACCCCAGCCAGCAAUGGUGCGCUGACCUGAUGACGUUGGACACAAUGACCCCUCAGGAGAGGAAGAGGCAGGGCUACAUCCACGAGCUCAUCCGGACCGAGGAGACCUACGUGGAGGACCUGGAGCUGGUUCUGGAAGUUUUCUACAAGCCCAUGUCCGAGUCAGGCCGGCUAACGGAAGCCGAGACGGGAGCGAUCUUUGUUAACUGGAGGGAGCUGAUUAUGUGCAACACCAAAUUACUGAAAGCGUUGCGUGUCCGUAAAAAGACGGAAGGGGAGAACAUGCCGGUUCAGCUGAUCGGGGACCUGUUGGCUUCGGAGCUCGCGCACAUGCAGCCUUACAUCCGCUUCUGUUCCUGCCAGCUCAACGCCGCUGCCCUGCUGCAGAGCAAAACCCACCACCAGCCCGACUUCAAAGACUUCCUCAGGAAAAUAGCCACAAACUACCGCUGCAAAGGAAUGCCGCUGUCCAGCUUCCUCCUGAAGCCCAUGCAGAGGAUCACGCGCUACCCCCUGCUCAUAAAGAACAUCCUGGAGCACACCCCGGACUGCCACGGGGACCGCGGCCCGCUGAGAGAGGCCCUGCAGCGGGCGGAGGAGCUGUGCUCUCAGGUCAACGAGGGAGUCCGCGAGAAGGAGAACUCGGACCGGCUGGAGUGGACACAGAGCCACGUGCAGUGCGAAGGCGCUAUAGAGCACUUGGUCUUCAACUCGCUGACUAAUUGCCUCGGGCCUCGCAAGCUGCUCCACAGCGGUCGGCUUUACAAAACCAAGAGCAGCAGGGAGCUGUGGGCUUUCCUCUUCAAUGACUUCCUGCUCCUCACGCACAGCGCCAAACCCUUCUCCUCCUCGGGACCAGACAAGCUCUUCAGCCUCAAGACCAGCAUUCAGCUGAAGAUGUACAAAGCACCACUGUUUCUAAACGAGGUGUUGGUAAAAAGGCCCCCAGACCCGUCCAGCGACGAGCCAAUCUUCCACGUCUCGCACAUCGAUCGCGUCUACGCGCUGAAAACUGAGACCUUGACCGAGAGGACAACGUGGGUCCAGAAAAUCAAAGCAGCAUCUGAACAAUUCAUAGAGACGGAGAAGAAGAAGAGAGAGAAGGCGUACCAAGCACGAUCCCUAAAGAGCAGCGGCAUCGGCCGACUGCUGGUCACCGUCUCUGAAGCCCUGGAGCUCAAAGCCUGUAAACCCAACGGUAAGAGCAAUCCGUACUGUGAGCUGACGAUGGGGGCUCAGUGCUACACGUCCCGACCGAUCAGCGACACUCUGAACCCAAAGUGGAACUUCCACUGCCAGUUCUUCGUCAAAGACCUCUACCAGGACAUCCUGUGCGUCACUGUGUUCGAGAAGGACCAGUUCUCACCAGACGAUUUUCUGGGUCGUACUGAAGUUCCUGUGGCAACUAUAAAGAAAGAGAUGGAGAGCAAAGGAGCCGCGAACCGUCGCCUGCUACUGCACGAAGUCCCCACUGGAGAAGUUUGGGUCAAACUAGACCUGCAGCUUUACGAGUCAACCAAAUAAAGAGAGGACAUUUGCAUGUUUAUCAACAGCUGGAUACAUCUGGAAGGGCCUAUUUGUAGCAAGAGCUGCCUUUAAAAACAGAUUUUACCGUCACUGCCCUUUUCUGCCUCAACUCACGUUACCCUAUCAAAGGUCUCAUCAUCUCUGAUGUAUGUAAUGUCUUGAGAUAAAAGGGUGUCCUGGUUAGCAACAAACCAGCACAAAUGUAAACAUAAAAGUUGUAGUUGCAGUUUAUUUUAUUAGGAUGUUGACAAUACCUGACAAUAGCUUAUGCCCCUUGAGAGUACUGUUGGUAGUAAUUGGUUUAGAGAGAAAACACUGAUAUGUGAUAAGCAGCGGCCUGAAGGAAUACAAAUGUUGAUGAGAUGCAUUGUACCGAAUAUAUAGAGCCGCUUCCACCUGAUUAGGAGAUAUAACAUGGGUUUUGUGCUACUACUUCCAUGUCACCAGUACAAGAUUAGCUACAUUUUGACCAAAAAUGAGAUUCUGAUGCUCAACUGUAACAAUUACAUUACAUGCUCUUGGCUGUACAUUACACACCAAGUAUGAAAUCCAAAAAAGGACUGAAAAGAUUAAAAUGUUGAAUUAAGAUUUGCCGAACAAUAUUUGUUGAAUUAGCAUUCCCAAAAAAAAAUAAAACCAGGUAAAAUUACUGCACAGUAUGUGUUUUUAUAAAAUGUACAGAAAUAAAUGAUAACAAUAAAACGAUCACUGAUUCUUUAACCAUUUACAUCAGCGUUAGUAAUUUACAGUAGUUUUUAAAUUUGAAAAAAAUAGAAUGGCUGAACGUCAGAAACGGCAUUAGCGCCAUAUGAAGUGGUAGCAAAAGUAAAAGAUGAGUAACGCAAAACAAACAACGCAAUACACUCAUCUGUUGGCCAUUGAAUAAAGUCAAAAAGAUACUUAUACAAACAUA